UAGUCGGGUGGCAAACAUGGCUGCAUCCAGUAUGAAAGGUGUGAGAUCGCUGUUAUUGAAGUAUGGGAGCUGCAAGAAGGCUUUGUUUGUGUCCUUAUCAAAGGCGGAUUUGCAGCUGCCUGUCAGACAGGUUUGUGUGUCAUCCUCUUUGUGGAGGAAGAACCUGGCAGCAGCAGGUCCUCAGAAGUACACAGAGGAGUUCAUCAAGAAACAGGUGGAGGGGUUUGAGAUUGGCAAACGUCAUCUGGCCAACAUGAUGGGUGAGGACCCAGAAACAUUUACACAGGAGGAUAUUGAUAGGAGCAUUGCAUAUCUGUUCCCCUCUGGACUCUUUGAGAAGCGAGCAAGACCUACCAUGAAGCAUCCAGAACAAAUAUUCCCUAAACAGACAGCUGUGCAGUGGGAUGCAGAUGGACGUCCUUUCAACUUUCUGUUCUACACAGGGAAACAGUCUUACUACUCUCUCAUGCAUGAUGUGUAUGAAAAGGUUCUGGCAAUACAGAGGCAUCAGGACAAGAUGAGAAAUAAAGGCCUUUUUGCCUUAGAUACCAAACAAGUUUCGCUAACUGGGAGCAGAUGGCUGUUAAAAGAGGAGCUGGAGGAGUUUCUGGUGGAGAAUAUUUCAGAUCAAGAUUACAUGAGGUUCAUCCAGCUGAUGGAGAGGCUGUUGUCCUUGCCCUACUGCUCUCUGGAAGAGGAGUGCGCACGGAAGUUCCGCAGGCAGCUGGAGGUUCAGUCCAGCAAACAGGAGAUUGCUCAGCUACAGCAUGACCCACAGGGAGUCGCUUUCAGUGUUGCAGAGGGCAGAAGGAAGUCUGCCAAAGCCAGUAUCACUGUCAGAGAUAGCAGCACUGGGAACAUCACAAUCAAUGGCAAGAACUACCUCCAGUACUUUCCUGUACUACAGGACAGGGAGCAGCUGAUGUUUCCUCUGCACUUUGUGGGCAUGCUGGGCAGGUUUGACAUUGAAGGCAGCGUGGAGGGGAGUGGUCACUCUGCUCAGGCUGGGGCUCUAAGAUUGGCCAUCUCGCGGGCACUGCUUAGCUUUGUCUCUGAGGGAGAAGUGGAAAAGAUGAGGCAAGCUGGUCUACUGACUGCUGACCCCAGGAUCAAGGAGAGGAAAAAACCAGGCCAGGAGGGAGCUCGAAAGAAGUUCACUUGGAAAAAACGAUGAACACGAAUGGGACAAUAUAUCACGGGGACCUCACUGUGUGAAAGAAAACAACUUCCCUGGAUUGUUGGAUUAUUCUAUGGCACUCGGAAUAGAUAUGAAGAGGUCCUGCCCUCUCUCCCUGUCACACAUAGAUUGUGACAACCAUACUCUGUGGAUCACAGUCAUAAACCAGCCCUAAUGCAUUCAAACAUGAUGUUAUGGAUAUUAUGUUUUCUCCAUUGGAUAAUCUCAAAGGGAAACUUUCUCUUUUUGAUUUUGUAACUUUUGUUCUCUGUGCACACUGUUUAUUAAUACUACAAAAACAUAAUUUGUCAUAUUUCUAGUUUGUUUUUCCUUCAAAUGAACCCAUUUGCUAGUUCUGUGUUGUUUUAAUAUCUUCGAACUACCACUAGAGGGCGACAAAUAUCAACUUGUGCUUAAAAUGUAAUUACACAUUUAUCUCAAAUAGGAUCAAGUUGUUUGAAGAUAUGGUUUGUUUGUUUGUAACAGACAUUAAAAAAACAUUAACACUGUCUAUUCUAUGAUAUAGCUGCCAAUUUUUUGGGCCAUAAGAAAUUCUACCAAAAAUGGUUUGUUCCUCAUUAAUUUUUGUGACUGACAUCAGAUUAAAUAUGCUUUUACAUUUCAAUAAUAUGUACAUUUAUUUUAUAGAAAUAAUAACAUUCUUGCAAAGCCAUAUUCUGAAAAAUGUUAUACCAAAUUGAAGUUUAUUUUCUAAGUUCAUAGUUUCUAGUUUCACAGGACUGUUUUAGCUGAAUACACACAAGGCCAUAUUCAGUACCAAAUGUAAAUGAGUACACCCCAAAAGAUUUCUCAGUCUCUUUUUAGAAUGAAUAACCAAAUAAUAUAUAUUUUUUUAAACCAAAUGAUUUAAGAUCAUGUUUCAAAAAUGAGUACCCGUACACCCCAAUGAAGGCUUUAGGAAUAAUACUUGAUAAAAUGCUAAUUAAUGGUAAUUCAACAACAGAUAAGUCUAAUCUAUCCUCACACAGGUGGCUGCAAGAUAAUUGACAAUUAAGGGUUGUAUUUAACCUGUUAAAACCUCUCCCAUUCAAUACUAACAAUAAUGGAAGACAAAUGUCACAAGACUUGAGAAAGUAAUUUCUUUACACUAAAAAUGUCAGGGCUACAAGAAUAUUAGUGAAGCAUUGCUAAUCAGUCAGAAUACAAAUGUCACAAGACUUGAGAAAGUAAUUUCUUUACACUAAAAAUGUCAGGGCUACAAGAAUAUUAGUGAAGCAUUGCUAAUCAGUCAGAAUACAGUAGUGACAGUGAUCCAAAAAUAUGGACUUGUGGCAAGUUCUCUGAGAUGUCCAGGCCAUCCAAGGAAGCUAACACCUCAAGAUGUGUGUUUUGUGCUGAGAAGAGUUGACGAAAAUCACCAUGCAAGGUCAUCACAUUUAGCUAAUGCUGUAGAAUGUAAUUACUGGGGUGACUGUUUCACAUGAAACAAUGCUGCAGAGAAGUGGCAUGCAAGAGUGUCAUCCAUGAAGGAAGCCACUACAAAAGCCAAUGCACAAAAAACAUCCAAACUGGCGUUGCAAGGGUGAAGAGUACAAUGAAAAAAAUGCAUGCUACCCACAGUAAAACAUGGAGGUGGCAGUGCUCUGUGGGGUUGUAUGAGUGCUGCAGGUGUUGGGGAAUUGCACUUCAUUGAUGACAUCAUGAAUUUAGAGAUGUACUGCCAAAUACCAAAAGAGAAGAUGCUUCCAUCUCUCUGCGCCCUGGGUGGCCGAGCACUCUUUCAACAUGAUAAUGACACAAAGCAUACAUCCAAGGCCACUGCUGCAUUUCUGAGGAACAAGAGGGUAGAAGUGAUUCAGUGGCCAAGCAUGUCACCCAACCUCAACCCAAUAGAACACAUAUGGGGAGUUCUGAAAAGACAGGUUGAGCAUCAUUCUUCAUUCAGCAUCCAGGUGCUGAAAGAGCUCCUCCAAAAAUGGAGAAAAAUAGACAUGGCAGUAUGUCAACAACUUGUUCACUCUGUGCCUAGAAGAGUUGGUGUUAUUCUGAAAAAUCUAUUCAUUAGAUUUGGUGGAAUUUGUUGUAGGGUGUAUUCAUUUUUGCAACAGCUAAUUUGAAUAAAAUGUAGUAAUUUCUUAUCCUAAAGGUGCUGGUGACCAACCUUUUAUGUUCAUAAUAAAUGUUUAAUAAAACUCAGUUUUGUCAAAAUUCCAAAAUGUUCUGGUGUUCACUGAGAAUUAGUUAAAAAUGUUACAUUUUCAAAAGGGGUGUACUCAUUAAUGCUGAGUACUGUAUAUGGCCCAUCUCAUCUGAAAGAAAUGAUAAAGACCUAAUGAAAAGAGCACUUUUGGAAAUUGGGCAUUAUUUGCACAGGCUACUGUAUAUCUGGAUGAUUUGUCAAAAAAGUCUGCUUAAGUGGGAAAUGCUGAGAAAACAUUACCCAAAUUAUUUUUGUAUUUAACAAAGAUGAGAAACACUGAUGAGUCAAAACAUUACAACUACAUACCUAAUAUGCUGUUGGUCCUCCGCAUGCCACCAAAACAGUGCCGACCACUUAGGCGUGGACUCUACAAGACCCUUGAAGUUGUCCUGCGGUAUCUAGUACCAAGACAUUAGCAGCAGAUCCUUCAAGUCCUGUAAGUUGCAAGGUGGAGCCGCCAUGGAUUUGCAGAUCCUGCAGAUCCCACAGAUUCUCAGUCAGAUAGAGGUGUAAUUCCUACACCGUUCACCUGAUUUGGAUGUAAAUACCCUCAAAUUAAAGCUGAAAGUCUGCAGUUAAAGCACAUCUUGUUCG